AUGUCUAUGUUCCAACGUGAUCCACGAUCUGGCGUAUUUUUGGGCGGAGACCGAGUUUCAGGGCAAGAAAUACGCGACCAAAAUGUCAUCGCUGCGCAAACUAUCGCAAAUAUUGUGAAGAGUUCUUUGGGGCCUCUGGGUCUGGAUAAGAUGUUGGUGGAUAACAUUGGAGAAGUUACGAUAUCCAAUGAUGGCGCGACCAUCCUGAGCAUGCUCGAGGUAGAACACCCUGCUGGCCGUAUUUUUGUCGAUCUGGCACAGAAGCAGGAUAAGGAGGUUGGCGAUGGGACAACAUCUGUUGUUAUCAUCGCUGCCGAACUAUUGCGACGAGCCAAUGAGUUGGUCAAAAUGAAGAUCCACCCGACGACUGUUAUUACUGGCUAUCGUCUUGCAUGCCGCGAAGGGUGCAAAUUCAUGAUGGACCAACUGAGCGUCAAAGUAGAUUCUUUGGGACGGGAUGCGCUCGUAAACGCAGCGAAGACGUCCAUGUCUAGCAAAAUUAUCGGAAGCGAUGACGAUUUAUUCGCGCCAAUGGCUGUCGAUGCGAUGCUUGCGGUCAAAACUACAAACCCGCGAGGAGAGAUCAAAUACCCUGUUAAGGCCGUCAACGUCUUGAAAGCGCACGGGAAAAGCGCGCGCGAAUCUCUGUACAUCAAAGGAUACGCUCUGAACUGCACGGUCGCUAGCCAAGCAAUGAAGACGCGUAUCACCAAUGCCAAAAUCGCGUGUCUCGACAUUAAUCUGCACAAGCAUCGUCUACAGCUUGGUGUCCAGAUUCUAGUAGAUAAUCCGGAACAGCUUGAAGACAUCCGUAGAAGGGAGGCUGAGAUUACUCUCGAACGCGUCCGCAAGAUUAUUGCUGCAGGCGCCAAUGUGAUCCUCACGACCAAGGGCAUUGAUGACCUUGUCCUCAAGGAAUUCGUCGAAGCUGGUGCGAUGGGUGUUCGACGAUGCAAGAAAGAGGACCUGAAGCGGAUUGCCAAAGCCACUGGCGCGACAUUUGUUACCAGCCUUGCAAUCUCGAAGGCGACGAGACUUUUGAGGCGAGCUACCUCGGGACUGCUGAUGAAGUUGUUCAAGAACGUCGUCAACUCCUCUUCCAUUAUUCUACGUGGAGCAAACGAUUAUAUGCUCGACGAGAUGGAACGUGCGAUGCAUGAUACGCUGUCGAUCAUCAAGAGAACCCUCGAGAGCGGUACCGUCGUGCCUGGUGGCGGAUCUGUGGAGACAGCACUGAGCAUUUACCUUGAAAAUUUUGCUACGACUCUGGGUUCGCGUGAACAACUAGCUAUCGCCGAAUUCGCGGCUGCCUUGCUAGUCAUCCCCAAAACCCUGGCUGUAAACGCAGCCAAGGACUCGACCGAACUUACCGCCAAGCUACGUGCGUACCAUCACGCUGGACAGAACGCACCUUCAGGAGAUCCUAAGCGCCAAUUGAUGCGGUAUGGCCUUGAUCUCCUGAACGGCGAAGUUAGGGAUAACUUCCAAGCCGGCGUGCUAGAGCCAACGGUGAGCAAGGUGCGCAGCCUCAAGUCGGCGUUUGAGGCGGCGGUAUCCUUGUUGAGGAUUGAUGAUGCUAUCCAGUGUGCACCUGAAGCCAAGGGAGGCGAAGAUGAUGGACAUGGGCACUAA